AUUCUCAACUGUCAUGAUUUUUCCCUAAAAAGUACAAUGAAGCCCUCUAGUGGACAAAUCACGCAAACGCAUUUAUAAAAAAGUAUUGCACGCCUGUAGCAGAGCUCUCGCUGUCAAAACACGGGACUUUUAUUAUGAAAAGACUUUUACUCUACAGUAGAUACUUACACAGCUGAAGGGAAGCUGGUAGAUGAAAGGAUGGAGGCCAAUGGCAGACCUUCAACAACACAAGUCGUGUUGCUGGCUACAAGUUCAGCUCUGACUGCCCUCUUAUACAGCAUAUAUAAGAGGAAAUCAAGCCAUGUAGUUAGAUUAAGGGAGGCCAAAAAGAUGUCAUUAAAUCCAGAUCUUAAAACAAUCCUCAGUGAAGCUCCAGGAAAGUGUAUUCCUUACGCAGUUAUUGAAGGAGUUGUGCGGUCUGUCAAGGAGACCUUGAACAGCCAGUUUGUAGACAACUGCAAAGGCGUCAUCGAGAGGUUGACCUUAAAGGAGAAGAAGAUGGUGUGGAAUCGAACAACACAUCUUUGGAAUGAGAACGAGAAGGUUAUCCACCAACGCACCAACACCGUGCCUUUUGACCUCAUCCCGCACGACGACACCGUCCCUGCAGCCGUUCGUGUGGUCCGUCCGCUCGAUGCGGCCGAAUUGGAUCUGGAGACCACCUAUGAGAAUUUUCACCCAUCCCAGCAGUCUCUGACCAACGUUAUCGGCCACUUUAUCAGCGGCGAGCGCCCACAGGGCAUCCAGGAGACGGAGGAGAUGCUGCGUCUGGGUGCCACCAUGACAGGUGUUGGGGAGCUGGUGCUAGAUAACAACCUGGUCCGUCUUCAACCUCCCAAGCAGGGCCUGCGUUAUUUCCUCAGCCGGCUGGAUUACGACGCACUCCUGAGCAGUCAAGAGAGGAACUUGAGGCUCUGGAAGGUCCUGACGGUGCUGUUCGGCUUGGCUGCCUGCGCCACGUUAUUCUACAUGCUGUGGCGGCAGUACGUUCUGCGCAGAGAUCGAGGGAAAGAGCGCAGCAUGCUGGAAGAAUUCAGGAAGUGGAAGAACAGACGUAUUAAGGAGCUCAACCUGGCGGAGGAUGACGUUUCGCUCAACAUGUGCACGAUAUGUCUGAGUAAUGAGCGUUCUUGUGUGUUUCUAGAGUGUGGACAUGUCUGCACCUGCGAGGAUUGCUAUAGGGCUCUGCCCGAACCUAAGAAAUGCCCCAUAUGUAGGGCUCGAAUAGACAGGAUUGUUCCUUUGUAUAACAGCUAGGGGCCUUCAUAUAAACAUACAACAGUAUGCUUGGAAAUAAGUAAGGGGCAGAUUAUUGUGCGCAAGCACAGUAUUUGAAUGCCGUAUCACAUUGUUAAAGGACUCCAAUUCCUGAGCAAACCAAGAUGGUUAACAGGGUUUUUUUUCGGUUUAAGAAGUUAUUUGGGAAUUGUAAUCAUCACUUGUGCCUGUGUGAACUUAAAUUCAUUGCACUUAUUUCAUGGCAAAAAAAUUAAUAAAAAGCAAUUGCUUAAAGAAA